AUGGCUGAAGGAGCAUGGGAGAAAGUGGUGGACGACGAUGGAAACGAGUACUUCUACAAUGCCAUCACGCAAGACACCAGCUGGACAAACCCCGAACUCGAUAAAACCCCGUCAAACUGGCAAGAAUUCACCACUGACGAUGGAACAAAGUACUACUAUAACUCAGAGUCAGGUGAGACUACCUGGGACAAACCCGAAGAUUUCGUUAGCGGCGAGGACUCUGUCGUCCAGAUAGCUACAGAUGAUGAUGAAGAUGCGGAGGAGCCCGAGAAGAUGACAGAACUUGAUAAAGAAUUGGAACUGAAACCCAUCGUCGCUGAUGAUCUUCUGGAGCCACAAACAAAAGAAAACCCAUCCACAGAAGAUGCCUUCAAAGAGCUUUUGCGGGAGAAUAAGGUCAAUUCGACAUGGACAUUCCAGGAUGUGAUGGCCAAGCUCAUCAAUAGUGCCGUCUACUGGUCGGUUGAAGAUUCGCUAGAUCGUAAGAGACUUUACGACGAAUACUUGAUGGAUGAAACCAAGAAACAAGCGAGCAACAAGACAGAUGUCCGUGAAGCAUUCAAGACCAACUUCGACCAGGUUCUCGAGUCGUACAAGCAAAAGGGCCAGUUGACCCACCAAACGCGAUGGUUCAGUGUGAAGAAUCGACUUGUGAAGGAAGAUAACCCCAUUUUUAAACAUACAGUUUUGUCUGAUGGAGAUAUUUAUAGCGUAUUCAAGCAAUUCCAGGACACCAUGAAGCUGGAGUACGACAGUAUUUCAAAGCAAAAGCGGGAGCAAGCACUCUCCGAGUUGGAGAUGUACUUGACCAACAUAAACCCUGAGUUAGUAUCUGAAGGUGAUGACUGGGAUGCUUUGUACAAAAGUCUUCAGAACGAUAGCCGAUUCAAGGCUAAUAAGCAUUUCAACGUGUUGCACAAGGUGGAUAUUCUUGAGUUGUACAUCGAGAAAAUAUACCCUCAGGAGAUUAAGAAACUCGAGCUCGAAACAGAACAAUUGGAAAAACAGAAUUACACUUCUGACCGAAAGGCCCGAGACAGCUUCAAAACCCUAUUGUCAGAACUCCCGAUCCAAGCAAAUACUACUUUCAAGGAAAUUUUCCCUCUAAUUGAGGAUGAAGAUGCUUUUAUAGAGAUCUGUGGACGUAACGGGUCCAGUGCUUUGGAAUUGUUCUGGGAUAUAGUCAGCGAGAAACAACAGCUCUUAAAGUUGAAGGUUGACUUAGUCGAAGGUGUAAUCCAGCAGGUUUCUGGUACCGACGAGUCAUUUGAAAUGUCAAAGCUUUUGGCUUCCAAGCACAUUUUUGUUGAUAAGCUAUCCAGUGUGAAGGACGAACGACUUGAGGGGUUAUCCUUUGUAGCCACAGAUGAAGAGAGCGAGAUCGACUUGAUUUAUGACAUGUUGAAGAAGAAUUGGGAAACCAAACAGCAGCAGAAACUCGAACUGUUGGAACGGACGUUGAAACUCGACGUCACCGGGUUUGAACACUUUCUUCUAGCCAAGUUCCACCAACUUCCCGUCUUCCUGGUGGUUUCCAAUGCAGACGAAGGUGUUCCUGACAAAGUAACGAUUAUAGAGACGGUGGAAAACGACAAAAAAGCGUAUUCUUUGAAGGAAUUCGACCCUGCAAAACUUGACACCCUCAAGCACGCUCCUGAGUUUGCACGUGUGUUUGAGUCAUGGUCUGCUCUUCAGAAACACAGUUCCAGCUCCAGGACAUGGGAAGAUAUUCUUAAGGAAGCCAUGGAGGAGUUUAUACGAAAACUCAACAUAGCCGAGUCGAAAAAAAUCCAGACUUCCAAGCGGCUGAGACCAUAUGAUGACUCAACUGACCGUAAACGGCCUCACGACUCAGGUGUCAAGAAACCCAAGGUCCUUCUCAAUUACUAG